GCGCGCAGCCACAAGCUCCAAAAAGACAAAUAGCAAUUUGACAACUUGCAGCGCAGAUUCAUCAGCCGUCGCUGCGCUAGCUGCCCCGCCUCUCCUCCGCCGAGAAGAGCAUCCAUCCAUGGCGCCGGGGGCGGAGGAGGCGGAGGGGGCUGGCCGGAGAGGGGUCCCUUCCCUGCUCGCCGGCGGCGGAACCGGGCAGGAGGAGCACAUCGCCUCCGACGUCACCCAGCUGAUAGGGUGGACGCCGCUGAUCGAGCUGAAGCGGAUCGCCGGGAAGGAGGGGGUGGGUGCCCGCAUCGUCGGCAAGAUCGAGGCCUACCAGCCCCUCUGCUCCGUCAAGGACCGCAGUGCUCUCAGAAUGAUAGAAGAUGCCGAAGAGAAAGGGCUGAUUUCACCUGGGGUCACGACUCUAGUCGAGCCGACAAGCGGUAAUUUGGGGCUAGGACUGGUGCUCAUUGCUCUGAGCAAAGGGUACAGGUUUGUCGCGGUGAUGCCGGGCCAGUACUCGCUGGAUAAGCAGAUCUUGUUGAGAUACAUGGGUGCUGAGCUGUUCAUAACCGAUCCGGCACUUGGGUUUCCGGGGCAAGUCGAAAAGGUCGAACAGCUUAAGAAAGAAUUGCCCAAUGUACAUGUUCUUGAUCAGUUCUCGAAUCCAGCAAACCCCGAGGAACACAUCCGAUGGACUGGACCCGAGAUUUGGAAGGAUACUGCUGGGAAGGUGGAUAUAUUUGUUGCAGGUUCAGGCUCAGGGGGCACGGUAUCAGGUGUUGGGAAGUAUUUGAAGACGCAAAAUCCAAAUGUGAAGAUCAUUUGUGUAGAACCUGCAGAGAGCCCAGUUAUUUCAGGUGGGGAGCGAGGUAAACAUGAAAUCCAGGGAAUAGGACCAGGAUUCUUGCCUGAAAUCUUGGACACCUUGGUCAUCGACGAAGUGCUUACCGUGACCACCGAGGAAGCAAUGGUGAACGCAAGGAGGUUGGCAAUGGAAGAGGGCCUGCUUGUGGGCAUAUCUUCUGGGGCAAACUUGGCGGCUUGUCUGAAGGUCGCCGCGAGAGAAGAGAACAAGGGGAAGAUGAUUGUGACCAUGUUCCCGAGCGGGGGCGAGAGAUACAUGAACUCGGACCUCUUUGCAGCUGUAAGAGAGGAGUGUAUCGCCAUGACCUUUUGACCACACAUGCUACAAAUUCAGAAGAGUUGUAUGUAAAAGGUAGAUGUAGCGGUUUACUGUAUUGUGUUGCACGACCUUUCUACGGAGCUCAUCAACAGACGAUCUUGCUAUGGAGUUUAUCUACAAGGGAUCAUGAAUUGUUGUUAGUCAUUGAAUGCAUGUAUUACCAGAUCAUCUGAUGCCACAACGGCACCAAAACAGAACAUCUAUUUUGUGAAUUUAGUGCACCACUUGGUUCUUGGUGUA